GAUCUGCCUCUUGUCUCUAUGUACUCUCCUCUCUCUCCCUUGUUUUUCUUCUUCUUCUUUCUAGUCAAUCUUCUCUCGUUUUCUUGAACUCUUGGUAUUUCUUUUCCUUUUCAUCCAUCGUUUGCAAAGGUACCAGUCACUCGUUAUAACCAAGAACAUCCAAGGUUUGCCAAGAUAAGCCAUUGACUUUCUAUCGGCUUGCAUACUUUUUCGUACCACCACGUUGUACCUGCGGAACCCAAACGCAUGCGUCCCACCCGCCCAGAGUUAAGAUGAACGGGCAUCAUGGCUAUGCAGAGGGGGAGCAGGAGAGGGAGUAUAGGGAGAUGGUAGAGAUCGAUGUGCAGCGUCAACAUCAGCAGCAGCAUGAACAGAGACAGUAUCAGCAGCAGGAGUACUUCCAGCAAGACCUCCACUCUCCAUACGGUCCCCCAGAGCAGCAAUACACGCCGUAUUCGCCCUAUCAUUCAUCAACGGAAGAGUUUCAGGGCCGCUCUGUCACUGAGCAGGGACGACCCGCUAGGCCUUCACCAGCGCACUUUGACGAUUACAGUCCAGCGCCUGAAUGGCCUCCGCACAUUGCCAAUAGCCCUGGGCAGUACUUCAACGACACACCGGGUGGUUCACGCUCUGCAUCGCCGACACUGCGAAGCGGUAGAGAAACACCAGCUCGUCUGCAUCACCACCCGGGCAAUUCGUCCGUCGACUGGAGACCAUCCAGCCUAAUGAACCAGAGCCACCUAAGUCUCGCUGCGCUUCUGCCCGGCGGGGGUUCGCCUCAGAGCAGCAGCGCAAACACACUUUAUAACAAGGAUUAUAUCGUUGACAGCAGCACUAUUCAGCAGGUGCAUAAGCGCGACGACGCUGAGAUCUGGGGUGGUUGGAAGCGAUGGGUGUUUAGGCUUGUUCCUUUUCUCACGUUUGCGAAUACUGGACUCUACAUGGCGUAUCUUGCGCUGAGAAUUGCUUGUGUUAUCUGGGCGCAGAAUGCGGCGGAUACGACGUAUGCUGGUGCAUGGAUAUUCAUCGGUGUUGAGAUUGCAACGGCGAUUCCGUCAUUGAUGCAUAAUACGUGGACAAUGUGGUCGAUGAAGAAGAGGAACCGACCUAAGCUGCGAUUGACGGGCAACGAUGUGCCAACUGUCGAUGCAUUCAUCACUUGCUGUGGUGAAGAUGAUGAUCUGGUUAUGGAUACGGUGCGAGCGGCGUGUGAUCUGGAUUAUCCCCGGGAUCGAUACAGAGUCAUUCUGCUGGAUGAUGGAAAAUCUUCUGGUCUGGAGGAAGCAUGUGCGAAGUUGUCCAUGACGUACCCGAACCUGUACUACAUGGCUCGAGUCAAGAUUCCUGGUCAACCUCAUCAUUUCAAGGCGGGUAACCUGAACUAUGGUCUUGACGAGGUGCACAAACUGCCUGGAGGCGCCGGUCAAUUCAUGGCAGCUCUGGAUGCUGAUAUGAUUCCCGAGCGUGACUGGCUCCGUGCUAUUCUUCCUCACAUGCUCAUCGACCCCAAGAUGGCUCUCGCAUGCCCUCCCCAGCUCUUCUACAACACCCCUCCCUCCGAUCCCCUCGCUCAAAGUCUCGAUUUCUUUGUCCACGUCAUUGAGCCCAUCAAGGACGCUCUAGGUGUCGCUUGGUGCACCGGAUCAGGCUACGUUGCUCGUCGUGAAGCUCUCGACGAGAUUGGUAACUUCCCUCUUGGAUCUCUGGCCGAGGAUGUCGCUACAUCGACUCUCAUGCUCGGUAAGGGCUGGAAGACGGCUUUCAUCCACGAACCUCUCCAGUUUGGCACUGUUCCUGAAGACUAUGGCGGUCACCUUAAGCAGCGAACGCGAUGGGCUAUUGGAACAGUCGAUACAUCUUUCAAGCUGAACUUUUGUCUUUGGGGCGACAAGGUUCGCCAGAUGACCACCGCUCAGCGAUUCUCCGGUUUCUUGUACGCUUCGUUGAGCAUGUACACCAUUCUGCUCACCAUUUCGCUCUUCGCCAUUCCGAUUAUCCUGAUCAUGCAGAAGCCUCUUGUGGCAUAUGCUACCGACGAGCAGCUCCGAUGGUUGAUCCGCGCGUGUUUCGCAUCCGUCAUAUCGAACCGUCUCUGCGAGUUUGCUCUCUUCAUUCCCGCAGGUUAUCAUACCGGUCAGCGAGGUUCGCGAUAUCAGCUCUGGAUGUCUCCUUACAUCGCGCUCUGCCUUAUCCGAUCGUUCAUUCUGCCAACAUGGCUCGGCGGUCAAACUCAAGCCUUCAAGCCAACAGGUUCGCUCGGCUCAGCCCUAAAUGAGCGCGACGCCAAGCUCCGAAAGAACAUGUUCCGACGACUCUGGGGUAUUCUCAUCAACUACAUGGCUCUUUUCCACUUCGCCUUUGUGUAUCUCACCCUCGUCGCUGUGGUUCUCACAUCGUUCCGAUCAUUUGUCACGACUCACACCGUUCGCGACACACUCACCGCCCUUCUCACCCACGCAUUCUGGCCACCUCUCACAUUCCUCUUCAUCUGCAGUUCGCUCUGGACACCGAUUUCCUACGCGAUUGACCCGCCUGCCAUGCCUGACCGCGAGGACCUGCUGAACCGAGAUCCAAAGACGCAGGUGGCGCAUCCCACCACCCAGAGCAAGAAGAUUGCUUUUGGCGGUCAAGCCGCGUGGUUCGAGUUGGAAUACACGACAACUACUAUUUAUACAUGCCUGGUCUUUGUGUGCUCAUUCAUUUUCUAGAAAUGAGAUGGGGCAUAAUAACGAAAUGAACUGUAACGAUAAUGUACAAGGGCUGAUACAUACGAGGGAGGCAGCCCAUGCUUCGUGGGUGAGAUUGAAAGGCGCAAAGACCAAUUGGCAAGGGUACUCAUUGUUUGCUACUGGAUUGUUUUUUACAUGGUAUAGCACAUAUUGCACGCAUCGCAUUAAACAUAAAGAUAGAGACCAGCCCUUAAGCGGCAUACGAAUAAUAGAAUGGCAUCAAUUAUCACAUGAACCUCGGGCAGCGAUAACGAGUGAGAUCGGGAAAUCUAGAGCUAAAAACACCAAGCGCAAUAAAGACCUCAUCAGGCAGUUUGAUGCCUACACAAAGCGUUCAAUGCAUGCAAGAUGAUGAUGAACGCUGAGGCAAGAGAGUUUGAGGUCUCCAAGCUGGGAUCUCAGAAUACCAAUCAAAGGCCUAAUGAGUUGAAAGUUAAAGCAAAGGUCUCCUGAGUUCAUCGUCA